AUGGGAACGCACGAUGGAGCUAUUGUGGUUAGAGACGAGAGAAUGGAUUCUCCGUCUAGGGUCGAGGAGAAUGACCGAGGGGAAUUGACGUGUUCAUGGGACAUCGGGAGGAUUCUUGCAGCGGAUAUGAAGUUCGAGAGAAAAGUCUCUCUUGUACAUUUGAACUUGGGGCUGCUUGACAGGGAUGAAGUGACCCAUAACUACCCAACACCACCGAUGGUCGAUGGGGUUGAGCCUGUGAGAGAUAUGCCGCUGCGGGAGGCGGAACCUGUAGUGACCAAAGAAACUCGAAAUGAUAUUGCUGAUAUGUCCGAGCAUUUAUUAGGAGAUUCUGAAAUGGCUGAGAGCGAUCAUGUUCUUGAUACGACAGGAUGUGAUGACCAACUCGAGAUGGACGAUGAUCUUCCCAUGACAUCUGGAUUGGACGAUAAGGUUGAUGAAGAGCUUUUCGCAGCUCAAACUGAAAGAUGUGCCGACGGGAAUCAUACCCUGUCCUAUAUGGGCAGCCGAGGAUUAAUUUGUACGUCUUGUGGUCAUGUGGAGCUUGAUGCAUAUCAAGUUUUGAGCUCGAGGGUUGACAACAUUUAUUUCGAUAGCUCUGAAGAGGUAGAUGAUGAAGGGACAGAAAAUGAAAAUGAAAGGAAAGUGCCGGAGAAGAAAGGCAACAUGUACAAGAUGCAGCCUUCUGAGGAAGAAUUUGAAGAAAUUUUGGAGCAUUUAAGGAAUCAAGCUCAUACUCACGCUCGAAUUUUUGGUGAUGAUUGUAAAGUCCCUGAACUAGUUUGCGACUCGAGCAAGGAUAAUUCUGAUAGUCCCUCCUCAUCCUGUAUGAUGGCUGCCCCAGAAGAUGUUGGAGAUUUGCGGGUAGCGAGUGACGACAUUAAUGCUGCUGACAGUGGCAUUGGAGGCCAGGUUCGAUCUACAAGGAGGAUCAAUAUGCACCUGUCCUCAAUUUAUGUUGUGGAUGGACUGUCUGGCGACGAAGACUUCACUCUGAGGAAGAGGCGAAAAGUGAAAAUUGAGAAAAGAAGAGUCGACACUGCAGAGCCUGUGGAGGAGGAGGCCUCAGGGCAGCGCAAAAUCGCAACUCCAAAACGGAAGGGGAAGGCUGCAGUGACCUCUCUUCAGAGGAAGACGAAGCAGAGGAGGCUAUCAGAGAUCUGUGCAGACGAAGUACACAGAUUGGAGCCAGCGGGUGGAGUCUCAGUCUCAAAAGCUAAGAGUUCCAAAGCUCCGCAGACUAGCAGAAACAGCGGUGGUGGGGAUGACAUGCCAUAUUGGCUUCAGGAGAUGACCAAAUUCAUGACUGGGGCCAAAGCCAAGAAGAAGAAGCCCAAACGAUUUGACAUCAAAAAGUUCCUAGAAGAAUCCUUUCUUAGACCACCAUCUCGGACAAUGCAUACCGGCGAAGGGAGUGGGACUGCAAAUGGAGCUGACGACUACCCUGAUCUUCCAAAGAAGUUCAGGUUUGAAGAAGAUGUCGUGCCACCGACAGAAGAGGACCAGAGAGAAGCUGAGGUGACGAAGGAGGUGGACGACCUUCUUGAGGAGUUGAACUUCAACUGCGCUGCGGAAGAAGUGGGAACGAUUACCAGCAGUGAGGUUGUUCAUCUGGACGAGGAGGAGGAGGAAGACACUCAGGAGCGCAGAUGUGCCCGAGGGCUCCAUUUGUUGACAUUAGAAGACAACCAUGGACUAUAUUGUAUCUACUGUCAGCAUGUGGAGAUUCAUCCGAGGGAUGUAAUUCCUCCGUGGGCGAUCAAAGCUCAUCGUGCUUCAGGAAAGAAGAAGAAACAGGGGAAAGGGGAGAGUCUAGAUCUCAGUGCCGUUAGUCUCCCUAUACCGGAUGCAGCUGAUGUAAGCAGCUGGACUAGCGGCUCAGUUUGGAGCAUCACAGCUGGUGUGCGGGAAAGUAUGUACGAACACCAGCAAGAAGGAUUUGAGUUCCUCUGGAAAAACUUGGCAGGCAGUACUGACAUUGCCGAGUUGAAGAACUCAAAUCCACCUGGAGUGGGCGGAUGCAUCAUUUCUCAUGCACCAGGGACUGGAAAGACACGUCUGACGAUUGUAUUCCUCGAGGCGUAUCUAAAGAUGUUUCCAAACUGCCUGCCGAUCAUCAUCGUCCCAGCCAACAUACUUGGCACCUGGGAAGCAGAGUUCAGAAGGUGGAAUGCCGGGUUUAAUUUCCACAACCUGAACAAUCUGGCAUUCAUUGGCGACGAGAGGGCGGCUGCUGACCAUCUCUUUCACGGAGCGAGGAUCACAUGUCGGGAUUUGGAGGCAAUCCGGAUGGUUAAAAUAUAUACCUGGAAGAGAGGGGGAGGUCUUUUGGGGAUUAGCUACAACCUUUUUGAGAAGCUAACGGCGCAGAAAGAGGGGGAAGCAAAUGCAGGGGAGGAGGAGGGGCAGAGAACAGUUUCUGAACAGAACUUGGAAGUUCUGAGGUCGACACUUCGUGAGCUGCCUGAACUCGCGAUUCUUGAUGAAGGCCAUACUCCUCGUAACAACAGGAGUAAGCUUUGGGCUUCACUGGUUCAGCUCAAGACAGAAAGGCGUGUCAUCUUGUCCGGGACGCCAUUCCAAAACAGCUUCGAAGAGCUGUUCAACACCUUAAAGAUAGUAAGGCCGACAGUAGCAGAAUCGUUUAUGCAGGAUCGGACAUUUGCUGAAAUUCUGCAGUCAGAUAAGAGAAGACAAAGCUCUCGGCCUGCUUUGCUUCCCCAAGCCAUUGAUCGUGCAGUGGAGAGGCUUAAAGUCUCCAUGUCGCAGUUUGUGCACGUGUACAAGGGAACUGUCCUGCAAGAGAAUCUCCCCGGAUUAAGAGAUUCUGUCAUCCUCCUGAAGCCGACUGGGUUGCAAAAGAAUCUGAUCGACAAGUUGGAGGGGGAACGGUUAAGUAGAACAAUUAAUAAUGAAUUUGGAUAUUCGUUGGUAUCUACUCACCCUUACCUCGUCAAUAAAUGCAAGUCGCAAGUGCCAACCGAUGAAAUUGAUAUGAAAGCUGUCGAGGCAUCAAAGCUCAGUCCUGGCGAUGGAGUCAAAACAAAAUUCAUCAUCGAGUUUGUCCGCCUCAGUACUCUGCUGAAUGAAAAAGUGCUGAUCUUCAGCCAGUACAUUCCGCCCUUGGAGCUGAUCAAAGAGUAUCUGUCCAUGAAGUUCGAUUGGCAUGCCGGGAAGGAAAUUCUGAAGCUGGAUGGGAAGCUAGACAAGAAGCAACGGCAGAAAGCGAUCAAUGCAUUCAAUGAUCCAGACAACGAUUCGAAGAUCAUGCUGGCGUCAAUAAGGUGUUGCUGUGAGGGCAUAAGCCUGGUUGGCGCUUCGAGGGUCAUUCUGCUUGAUGUCGUCUGGAAUCCAUCAGUCGAGCAGCAGGCAAUCUGUCGGGCUUAUAGGAUUGGGCAAAAGAAGUUUGUCCACAGCUAUCAUCUUAUGACUGCUGGCACGGCUGAGGCGGACAAAUAUUGCCGGCAGGCUGAGAAAGAGAGGAUAUCAGAAUUGGUGUUCUGCUCUUCUUCGAACGAGAAGGCCGUAUCAAAGCAGCCCAUGGCAGGGAUUGAGGACAGGAUUCUUGAGGAGAUGGUCCAGCACGCGAAGACGAAAGAUAUGUUUGAAAAGAUCAUCCACCAGCCGAAGAAUGCCGACUUGAUCCAGUCCUUAGGACUCAGAGGUUGACUUGAGAGUGUUCGAUUCCUGGGAGUAUAAAGGUUGAUGCAUUGCUCGUCUUGCAUAUGAAAUGGCCAGAAAACGGCGUAAGGAACUGUAUUCUUUUUGACAAAGCUAGCUAAUGUUUUAGAGGUAAUAUUAUGAUGGAUUGUUUAUCUUCAAGUUUGUAUCAUUUGCAAGAAGUAUCUUAACAUUCAUAUAAUUUUUUUUGCACUUCACAAUCAUUAACUGCAUUUCCCAUUUGCAAUUUGGUUUGGGCUGCCUCAAACAAUUGCCUAGUUCAAGUCAGAAAGGAAGUUUUGGUUUCAAAACAUUUGUCCGAGUUUCUAUGGCAGCAUGCAUUUAGGCCACGGUGCGUAGUGCUGCCAUGCUUUUGAAGUACGGGCUGGGUGAGAAAAGAGCAGCGCAAAGAAUUGAGGUAGCCGUCUUAGAUGUUCUAGAUAGAUAGAGGAUAUCGCACUGGCGACAUGUUCUCGGCCGGAAUGGAAUUAGCCGAGGGGAAGGAAAUGGGCGAACUAGUCCAUAGAAAGCAAAACUACCGAUGCUGUGUGAAACCGAUUCUCCCAAUACUACAUGAUCUUGUGCAUGCUGAGGGAUGGG